AUGGACUGUGAGGGUUGUUUUGUGGUGGAUGCUAGAGGUAGUAGUGGGGGGCUGGCUUUGUUAUGGAAAAAGAAUGUCAGCGUUGAAGUGACUAAUUUCACUCAGCACCAUAUUAGUGUGAUGGUGGGGCAGGAUGUAUCAAAGGCAAAGUGGCUUUUGACUAGUUUCUAUGGCCAUCCCAAGACCUCAAAAAGGAAAUCAACUUGGAACAUAUUGUCAAGUCUGAAACCAGUGAAUAACCAAGGAUGGUGUGUGAUUGGAGAUUUCAAUGAAAUUGUAUCACAAUCUGAGAAAGUGGGGGGGAAAGAAAGGCCAGAGGGACAAAUGGAUGAGUUUAGACAUUGUUUGGAGGAUAGGAGGGUGGAGACUUUGAUUGCUAGGCAAUCUGACCAUAAGCCUAUUUUGUUGAUAAUAAAGGAGUUUAAUUGUUUUGCUGGUUACAGAAGAAGAUUAUUCAGAUUUGAAGCCAAAUGGACCUUGGAGGAAGAGGGAAGAAAUAUUGUUGAAGCUGCCUGGGUAAGAGAUAAUGCAAGCCAAAAUAUAUUAAAAGAGGUCCAAGGAAAAUUAAGAAGAUGCAGGGGUGAACUAAUUAAGUGGAACUCACUAAGAGUUCCUGAGGGGGAAAAGGAGAUUUCAAGAUUGAGUGAGUUGCUGGAAAAAGAGCAGAAAGGUGAAGGGGCUCAUAAUGCCUUGAUCAUAAGAAGAUUACAGAAGGAGCUUGGCUUACUUCUUGGAAAGGAAGACUUAAAAUGGAAGCAAAGGGCAAAAAGAAAUUGGUAUAAACUUGGUGAUAGAAAUACCAAGUUCUUUCAUGAAUGUGCUACUCAGAGAAAGAAAAAGAAUUGCAUUUCUGAAAUUCAGGAUGCAAAUGGAGUAAGGGUGGCUGAUCAGAAAGGCAUUGAGGAGGUUUUCUCUCAGUAUUUCAGAAACCUUUUCAAUUCUUCAAAUCCAUCACCAGAAGCUAUUGAAGAGGGAUUAAGAGGAGUUGAAAGGAGAGUUACUGAUGCUAUGAACUCAGAAUUACAGAAGGUUUUUGUAAUGCCAGAAGUUGAAGCUGCACUUAAAGAAAUGGGGCCCCUUAAGUCUCCUGGACCAGAUGGUUAUGGAGCCUAUUUUUACCAGACCUACUGGAGUGUCGUUGGGCAGGAGGUAUGUCAAGCUGUCUUAUCCUUUUUGAAUGGCAAAUGUGAACUUGAUUGUAAUAUUAACUUUACUCAUAUUGCCUUAAUACCUAAAGUUGAAAAACCUGUUGUAGCUAGUGAGUAUCGUCCCAUAAGUCUAUGUAAUGUGCUAUACAAGAUAGUGUCAAAAGUGCUAGCUAAUAUAUUGAAGAAGGUGCUGCCAGAAGUGAUCUUAAAGAACCAAAGUGCAUUCAUCCCAAGCAGGCUCAUUACAGACAACGUCAUGGUUGCAUAUGAAACUUUGCACACCAUGAAAACAAGGCAAAAAGGAAGGGUUGGAAGUAUGGCUUUGAAGCUGGACAUCUCCAAAGCCUAUGACAGAAUUGAAUGGGGGUUUUUAGACGGAGUGAUGAGGAAACUAGGCUUUGGGGAUAAAUGGGUUAAAUUGGUUAUGGAUUGUGUUACUUCAGUAACAUAUUCUUCUUUAGUAAAUGGACAGCCAAGCAGUAUUAUAAAGCCAUCAAGAGGAAUUCGUCAAGGAGAUCCCAUUUCUCCAUAUUUGUUCAUCCUUUGUGCAGAGGGUUUGAGUUCACUUGUUGAUAUGGCUGAAAGAAAUGGUGAAAUAAAGGGGGUUGCUAUAACCAGAGGAGGUAUAAGAGUAAAUCAUUUACUCUUUGCUGAUGAUUCUGUCAUUUAUGGAAGAGCAAAACUGAUAGAGUGGAAAUUAUGCAAAGAAAUAAUUGUUGUAAUGGCAAGAUUUUGGUGGAGUCAUAUGCAAAAUGAUAAAAGAGUUCAUUGGAGGAGCUGGUCAAAGAUGGGUGAUUCUAAAGGUAGAGGGGGGUUGGGAUUUAGGGAGCUUAAAUGUUUUAACAAAGCCAUGUUGGCUAAGCAAGUAUGGAGAAUCCUGAAUAAUCCUAACUCUUUGGUGGCAAGAGUAAUGCAAGAGAAGUAUUUCAAGGGGAAGAGUGUUCUAGAUGCCAAAUUGGGAUACUCUCCAUCUCUGAUUUGGAGGAGCCUUUUUUCUUAUGUUGGCUUAAUAAAAGAUGGUCUAUCAUGGAGGGUUGGAGAUGGGAAUGUGAUAAAAAUAUGGAAAGAUAGAUGGGUACCUUCAUCUUCUUCCCAUUUAUUACAAUCUCCUAUGAAGAUGCUUCCAGCUGAGGCAACUAUUAAGCAGUUAAUUAAGGAGGGCAGUGGUAAAUGGAAUAAAGAGCUUAUUAAUGAGAUUUUCAACAAAGAAGAGGCUGAGGCCAUUGGUAAUAUUCCUUUAAGCAAGAUGGGUACAAAGGAUAAAAUGAGGAUAAGGGCUGAAAAGGGUGAAUCCUCAACUAUGAAUGCAGAUGAGUUUGGAUGGAAGUCGAUAUGGAAGCUGAAGGUGCAGGCUGCAUCAGAUGUCUGGGCAGAGAAUGAUAGUCCAGUUCAUAAGUGGGCUUGUUCUGCGGGUCACUUUAUGGAGCUAUGGAAGCAAAUCAACAGCUGUUUGGAGGAGGAUGGGAAUAUUGAAGAUUUUAAAACUGUAAACAAUCCUUCUAAGCCUGAUCGAGUUGACAGGAGGCUGAUUAGAUGGAAAAAACCUGAUGCUAUGAUCUGCAAAGUAAAUUGGGAUGCUGCACUGGAUGUAAAAAACAAACAAGUGGCAAUUGGGAUCAUUGUAAGGGACUCGGAAGGUGAGAUUCUUGCCUGUCUGUGUUCAAAACUUUCUAUUGUUGUUAAGGCUAUAGUGGCUGAGGCAUAUGCACUGAGAAGAGCAUUGUUUUUCUGUUUGGAGCUGGGACUGCAGAAAGUGUUGUUGGAGGGUGAUUCCCAGGUGGUUGUUAAAGAUACAAACAGUAAUGCUGAUAUAUGGGCAAAUUAUGGUGUAGUAAUUGAGGAUAUUAGAAGUUUGUUGAAGGAUAAUAUGAGUUGGUCUGUAAAUUUCAUUCAUAGGGAGGCUAACAAUGUAGCUCAUUCAUUAGCCAAAAUGGCUCUUACUUGUGAUGAAGAAAUUGUAUGGAUGGAGGAGGGCCCUCCACAGAUUAUGAAUGCUGUGUUGAAGGAGAAAUAUUGUAAUGAUUGA